CUAACAGAAACCAAAGCAUGCAUUAGCAUUCUUCCUUCAUCCAGCUUCAUGGAUUUCACCCAUCUGCUUCUUCUUCUCUUCUUCUUAUUCUUUGGUGUGGGAUUCUCGGAGAACACGAAUCCGAGGUUGCUAGCGUCACCAUCAUUAUUAUCAACGACUCAGAUAAACUCGAACUCGAUCCUUGUGGCUCUUCUGGACUCCCAUUACACAGAGCUCGCGGAGCUCAUAGAAAAAGCCAUGCUCCUUCAAACACUCGAAGAAGCCGUAGCCACACACAACAUCACAAUCUUCGCACCCACCAACCAAGCCUUAGAAUCAAACCUUGAUUCUUUCUUCAAACGCUUCCUUCUCGAACCAGCUAAUCUCCAUUCCCUCCAAGCCCUCAUUCUCUUCCACAUCCUCCCAACCCGAAUUUCAUCCCAAUAUAGAUUCGGGUCGACCCGACUCAACACGCUAUCGUCCGAACCCAUUCGCCUUCAGACGAAUUCCACCUCCAAAGAAUGGACAGUCGAUCGGGUCAAGAUAACCCGGCCCGACGAUGUUACCCGGCCCGAUGGUAUCAUCCAUGGGGUUAACGGCCUUCUCAUUCCCCGUUCCGUACAAGACGACUUCAACCGCCGCCGCAGUCUUCGCUCGAUUGCCGCCGUGAAACCCGAGCCAGCUCCCGAAAUCGAUCCGAGAACCACCCGGGUUAAGAAGCUCGACCCGAAAGAAAAGCCUCCGGGCUCAAAACCCUCACUCCCGAUCUAUGAGGCGCUGGCACCGGGACCGUCACUAGCUCCGGCGUCGGCACCGGCACCUGGAGGCCACCACGGGCACUUCGACGGCGAGUCUCAGGUGAGGGACUUCAUCCACACGCUAAUCCACUACGGAGGGUACAACGAGAUGGCGGACAUUCUCGUAAACCUAACGUCACUGGCCACGGAGAUGGGACGCUUGGUGUCAGAGGGUUACGUCCUCACCGUCCUUGCGCCGAACGACGAGGCUAUGGCCAAGCUUACGACGGAGCAGCUCAGUGAACCGGGGGCACCGGAGCAGAUAAUGUACUACCAUCUGAUACCGGAGUACCAAACAGAAGAGAGCAUGUACAAUGCUGUUAGAAGGUUCGGGAAGGUUAGGUACGAUACGCUGCGGUUGCCGCAUAAGGUGGUGGCGAUGGAGGCUGAUGGUUCGGUGCGGUUCGGAAAAGGUGGCGGUUCGGCUUAUUUGUUCGAUCCUGAUAUAUAUACCGAUGGAAGAAUCUCCGUUCAGGGGAUUGACGGGGUUUUGUUUCCGACGGAGGAAGGAGAGGAUACGGUGACGGGUCGGGUCAAGAACGGGAAUCGGACGGGUCAACCCGUUAAGGUCGUUGUCAAGCAUAGAAGAGGAAAAUUGCUUGAAGCAGCAUGCUGGAUGCUUGGAACCGUCCGUCAACAUUCUAGAUUCGCCUCUUGUCAAUGAAGCCAACCUUUGCCCUCUCCUUUGGCUAUCAAGAUUGUUUCAAACUAGAAAGGUUGAUCAAAGAUGUAAAGUGACUAAGGUGAAGGCCUUCUUCGAUGAUAGCCAGCUGCUGUGAGUGUGAAUUUCCCACAGUUUUGUUUUGCCAUUUUCUCUUUUCUCCUAUUGGAUUUGGGUUCAGGCUUCUCUCUAGUCUCCUUGUCACACAUUAUAGUGCAGAUUUGUAUCUAUAUUCAAUCCAAUUUCAUAGGUGGUUGUGUUGGUGGGAUUUAAAGGUUGUUUUCUGUUCAACAAGGCAUGGAAUUUUCUAGUAGACAUGUGUUGGUUCAGAAUUUUACUGAAGAAAUGGAAAUACAGUCAAAAACAAAUAAGAAGAAAAAAAAAAUGAUAAUUCUUUACUGUAAUGAUGUCUCUUAUUCAUCCUUUCUUCCUUUUUUUCCCCCCUUCCCUUUACUUAAUUCAUCAAGGAUUUCGAAAGUAAUUGUUUUGGCAAAGGUGAUCAAGGAAUUACAUUUAGAAUGUAAAACGUAAAUGAUAAAUGUGGGUAAGCAAUAGCAUU